AUGUUUUCAAUAAUCCUGAUUGGUGCUUUAAUUGCAUUUACCAACUCAGCUCUAUACAAUGCGCCAUCCAAUCAGUAUUCUUCAGCAUCUGUAGCACAAACGGCACCAGCUCCAUUUUCAUUGCCACGAUACCUGAAUCCAGGAACUGCUCAAAAUCCAUGGCGAUUUUUGACAUCUAAUCAGUACUUGCCUUUACCAACACCAUCAUCUCCCUCUGCAUCUACUCAAACAUCGUAUGCAGCACCAUCUCCAGCGCCUGCUCCCUACUCAGCUAAAAGCUUGGCACAAGCUUCCCACGCAGCUCCAGUAUCAGCACCUUGCACAUACUCAGCGCCAGCUCAGGCCACUGACCCUAAGUCAGCAUCUUACGCCGCUUCUAGCUCUGCUCAGGCGUCCUAUGCAGCUCCGGCCCCAACUCCUGUUGAUGCAUCAUACUCUACUCGUGACUCCGCUCAAACCUCUUAUAUUGCACAAGAUCCAGCUCCUUCUAGCUAUGCUCCAGCUUCUUAUACCGCACCUGAUCCUGCUCCUGCGCCCUCUCCAGCCUCUUAUGAUGCCCCAGAUCCAGCUCCCGCAUCGUAUGCUACCCAGGCCUCGUAUGCUACACCAGCUCUUGCUCCUGCACCCGGUCCAGCAUCUUAUGCUGCUCCGAGCUAUACGCAAGCUUCUUAUUCCGCACCUGCACCUGCCCAGUCGAGCGCUCCUGCAUCUUAC